CGUUUUGUUACUUUAUCACAUUAAAAAUUUUACCGGCGCGGCACAACGUGAAAAAGAGGGAAAUGUGUAAAUAAUAAUUUCUGCAAUCUCAGAAUGGGAGUUGUUUGUGUGUUUGCCUGUCCAGUCCCUGAGGGUAAAAGUGGGCAGCAGGUGGUGGAUGGGCUCCAGAAGCAGGUGGAAAUGAUGGGCGCCACAAAGUCUGGGAAUUUCCUAGUAGACUGCGAGACCUACCAGUCCAACCCACAGAAUGUCACACAGACUCCCCAACAGUGCGUGGUCAACAUCCUUCACAACAGUGAACAUCCGGCAUCCUGUUUUUCUGUCACAGAAUCAGGUCAAAUCUUAGUGUCUGACCUACUUUUUGAGGACUUGAUGUCCAAACUGACCAUGGCAAAGGCAGGCAGGGAAAGUUUUUACUCCCAAAGAAAGGGCUUCAAAAUUGAGUCUCGGGGACAGAGAUAUGAAGUAGGGGACUUUAUCAUCAAGAUUGGGUCUGUGUCCCUGGCUUCUAAUUUUCGAGGGAUUCUAAUCGAGGUUGAAUAUUGCCCAUGUGUUAUCUUGAAUGAGUGUUGGAACAUGAUGAAGGAACUACUGCAGAGCAUGGUGGGAAACUCCGCCGAAACCCCUCCACCAGUCCUCAAGCAUAAGCCAGACACUGUGUACACGCCCUCAGACACCAUCCUCCAGUAUCUAGAUCACUUCAACAACUUCAGGAAGGCUGUAUCAGCCCCCCCUCCCAGCAGGUGAUGCCCCUCCCAGCAGGUGAUGUUUUGUGAAUCUUGGGGGUGGAGGAGUUUUAAGUGUACAGCUGACUGCAUACAGAACAGGGAGUGUAACAAAAUGCCUGUGUACAGGUGUCCACACUUUUCUAAAGCAAGUCUAGGAGUGAAGAGUGGAGAAUGUAAACACAACAGCAUAGUAAACAGUGAGUGUGGGGAUAAACCCCAAAACUUAGUGUCUCUCAAGGAGUAGAGCAAAAGAGAUGUCCAUGGUGGAAGACCAGUGCUAAAGUGACAACAUGUAGUAACUGAUUGACUUGCCUGCUCUAUCUGUUACCCAACAGAGGGCAUGGUUGAUGUGGGUGCUAUAUAGUGAACAGUACUCAGGCAAUAAUUAGCUGAUGUAUUGUAACUCAACAUCUAAUUCAUUUGUAAAUAUAUUUCUUAUUGUUUAAUAGAGAAAUUGAAAUACAUGUACCAUUUACUGCGAUAUGUACCAAUAGUGAUUUUUAUUUCUUUCAAUUAAAAAGAAUGCCUAAAAGAUUUUUUAUUCUGGAUUUUCAAUUGCAAAAAUCAUUAAUAAGGAGUGUAUAUUUAGUGACUGUUACCAUUGAAAUUUCCUGCUUUUUUCCUUCAUUUGACUUCCCUGUGUCACUGUAACCUAUUGAAUUCUUUUUCAGUAUUUUGAAAAAAUAAAUACAUGUAAUAAUAUAUUAACUCAGA